CCCACUUCGGCGGCCACGCUGCGGGGCUGGUGGCGGCCGCGGGGGGCUCCGCGGCGGCCCUGGUUGGGCUGGUGACGCAGCUGCUGCCGGGGUUCAGGGACCAUGCGGUGUACAGGGGCCGCCAGGUGUUUCUGUACAAGCGCGCGCAGAUCUUCGUGGGGGACGUGUACGGCGCAUUCGAGGGACGCGGACUGGGGGCGUUCAGGGACAUCGACCAGCUUACCAUGUUCGCGGACUACCGGGUGCCCGUGGUGCUGCGGACACUGGGGAUACUGUCGUACAGCCGGCAGCUGGAGGACAAGAUCCUGCGCCGCGAGCAGCUUCCGGCGGGGGGCGAGGAGGAGGUGGAGAUCCGCGCGUGCACGGUGGUGGCGGUGGAGCGCCUGCGGGAGGGGCUGGCGGACAAGUUCAGGGACACCCCCGGCGCUCAGGUCCCACACGCCAUCCAGCUGGACUGGUGGCUGUGGGAGGAGGGCGAGCGGCAACGCAAGCAGCACCCGCCACACCACCGCACACUCACCAUCUUCUACUGAACGGCUACUGAACGUGGUGGGGGCUGUGAUG